AUGCUUGAAAGUUACAUCACUCCGCUGCUGAUGAGCUAUGUCGACAAGUACAUCAAGAAUCUAAAGCCUUCAGACCUCAGUUUGUCACUUUGGGGCGGAGAUGUUGUUCUUUACAACUUGGAGCUAAGGCUUGAUGUGCUAGAAAAGGUAAAGGAAAUACCGCUUUUUAAAAAUAUUUUGUUAGACAACUUUUGCGACGUUCUCAAAUCUUAACAACGUGUUGCGCUACAACAGAAACAAGUUGAGCUUUGAAGAGUGGGUUUUGAGUGAAAGUCACGAGAUAUACAUGUCUGUCAACUUUCAAGAGAGCAGUCGUUGAGACAUUUGUGCGUAGUUAUUUUUCAUUAUUAUUUUACUUAAUCGUCUGCAGAAAUCCGGAUCAGUGACCUGAGAUCACUUGGAUCAUGGUAUAUCAAUAAAUGUAUUGAUGAAUCUUUUCCCAGGGUGCUUUCGUCAGUUCCUUUGAUGUGCCAUGGUCUCAGUGAUUUCGGAUCACCGAUCUUGAUCUACAUCAUCAUGAAAUGCACCUAUGAUCUUUCACAUGUUAGGGACACAGUCAGCUAUGGGAGCGCGCUGACGUGGACACUACUUUUGUCAGUUUGAAAACAGUUUACCGCAACCCAAAAUCAAAUGAACGCAUCAGCUACAUCUGGAAAUCCGCUUCAAUCUUGCCUAGUGUUUCAUUUGAUCCUUGAUCUUUUACAGAAAACCUCUUUUUGAGCAAACUGUAACUCAUCCUAUGACAUUAUUUUAUCAUAUUUAGUUAAAAACAGUAUCCAAAGGAACAUGAACAGAAGAGGUGAGAAAUGUGUAGGUGCCAGGUGGGAGAAAUCGCUUUCGUUUACCAAAAUAACAAAAGGAAUGAAUCAAUUGCAAUAACACUGGCGAGCAAAUAAUCCUUAUAUGUAUUUGGAAAAUCGAUGGAAAAGGUUACAUAUGUUUGAAAAAUCAAGCUUUCUCGACCUUGAACCUUUGACAGUGAUUCAUGCUGACUCCUGUCAUUUCUUACCUCUACUGAUGAUCGAAUUCAGAAGUAUUCAUCGAUGUUUGGCUUUUCCUGGACAAAUCCAUCGGUGAAUUCUCAAUGGUAUAUAAAAAAUGUGUGCUCUGAUGUGGCUUAGGGUCUAUAAUCAUGAUUUGGGCUUGUAACUAGUUCAACUCUACAAGGGUUGUUUAGAGUAUUCCGGAUAUGCUUCUCACUUUCUGUUGCACAUGCGUGUCUUGUGACAUGCAAAUCAGAUAAGAAAUGGUAUCUAAUGCGCAUGUGCAUCAGCUGACUGUGUCCCUUUAAAUUAUGAAUUGUUCUUGCUUUUUUCAGUAAAUUCAUUUUGAUCUGCAUUGAUAGAUCUUUUUCCGCAUUGUAAUCAUCUAUCAUCAUCUUCCAGGAAUUAAUGCUGCCCAUAACUUUUCUAAGUGGAAAGAUUCAUAAGCUUCAGAUUCACAUACCAUGGACAAAGCUUGGUUCAGAGCCAGUAGAGAUUACAAUCAACACAUUAGAGUGUAUUGUACAAUUGCGAUAUCCAGAUCAUAGUCCUGGUGGCGCAUCAAAUACAGUCUCAGAAUCUCAAACAACUGGCGAAACACAAAAUGAAGGGCUGGAGAAUGCAUUAGGGGGUAAAGAAGAAGCUCCACCUUCUGGAUAUGUUCAGAGUCUUGUUAAUCGAGUCAUAAACAAUGUCUCAAUUCACGUCCACAAUGUUAUCGUAAAAUACCUUGAGGAUGAUAUUGUGUUGUCACUCAACAUCAAGUCUGCGGAAACAUUCAGCGUCAAUAGCAACUGGGAGAAAGCUUUCGUUGAUGUAGUAGCUCCAGAUUUUUUGCUCCAGAAAGUUUGCAAUAUCUCUGAUCUAACAGUUUGUCUUGAUAAGAGAACUUCCAGUGGGAAAAUUGAACUUUACCAAGACCCGCUGUUGUACAAGUGUGGCUUGAGCUGUCGAAUGCUUCUGAAGUAUGACAGCCUCUUAAGACCUCUUGAAACAAAACUUAAUGUUUAUUGUGAAUCUGUGGACAUAUCACUGACUGAUCAACAGCUUCCAAUGUUCAUGAGACUGGUAACAUUAUGUGUCAGUCUUUAUUAUGGCAGUCUGGAUUUACCAGGUUGUAAUUACAAACCACACCCUGCAAGAAGAAUUGUUGAACAACAGGCUGCUCCUAAUUUAAAUCCCAGUUUGUCAUCACAGGCUCAAGAGGGCAAUGUCCAAACACCCAUUCAAACCAAACCAGAUGAAAAUGAAGACUGGGUAAAUUGGAUGUGGUCAUUAGUACCAAAUCUUGCUGAUGAACAGUCUAUGCAACUAGCUAAUACCCCUCCACCUAUGCCUUUGUUCAUAUUUGGACUAUAUGUGAGUCACAUAACAGUCACUAUUAAGCUUACUGGUAGAGUCAGUGAGGGCAAUUUUUUUAGAGGGCAGCGAUUUGAAUUUAAGCCAGUUUUGAGUUUUGAGCUUUCAGGGACAGCAGCAGAGAUUGUGAUGAAAGGUGAUGACUUCUUUGACACUCAGCUUGGGGUGUCGUCCAUCGCAGGGUGGAGUAUUGGGGACUGUGUUUGUGGAAGUUUGGAUAAUACACUUACAAUUGAUAACAAUGAGGUGGAGGAAAAGGUAAGUCUUAAAUUAGCUAGAAAAAGGAUAUUUUAUUUAUUUUCCUUUUCCAGUGUUUAUAUUCACCUUUAUGUGAUAUCAUAGUCUUGUCCAAGACUUUUUUGAGCAAUGUUUAGUGCAAGAAAGUUUUCCCUCCUGACUGAUGACCCUACCAACAUGGACUUUUGGAUAGUCUAAUGAUACUGUAUGUUCUAGAUUGCAGAAAGUGACUUUUAUUGUUUUGAGGAUAUGCACUUUUGCCUUAGAUAAAUUUUAGAAACUGCAUACUUUUUACAGAAAAAAAACGUACUGGUAUUAAUUCAGAUUCAUUUGAUCUUUUUUGGACAAUUUCUUUUUUUUUUAAUUUAAGGACGUAAUUCAGAAACAGCUUACCUGAAAGUUUUAUUUUGAUGUUUUGUCUUACUGUAAUUUCUUUUCCGGCAGGAAGAAAUGUUUCUCAACAUCACAACUCCAAAACAUGAUCCCUUGGAUUCAUCUGGAUUCUUGAGAGGUUCCCACUUUGACAAUGUUGAACAAUCUUCUCUCGAAGUUCCUGAACUCACAUUUAAUGCAGAAGAAUUCCUCAAGCUUCACAAUGAAACCCUAGCUUUAAGAAGAUAUGGAGCCUUUUUCCUUGACUACCUGUACACAAUGGACAUUGAACCUGAAAAAGAUCCAGACAGGGACAGCAAAGAUGGAGUGGGGGAGUUAGAGGUUGUGGGUGAAAUACGACUGGUGAAAGAAUUCUCUUUUAAACGAAUUAUACUUGGUCCAACACAUGUACAGGUGUCAUCAAGCAUGUUGCAUAGAAUAGAACUUGUCAGCAAGUUGGCAUUUGAAGAUAUUGUGCCCAGGAAAGGUGCGAAUGUAUUAAAAUUUAAUGUUGCAAAGUUCGCAGCAAAAUGAUCUUUGCAUAUGUGCAUAAAAUGGAAAACAUAUUGAAGCCAUGUAAUUAACAGUAUACAUAAGUACCUUAAUUUAAUUAAGAACGUUAGCCUUGUUAGAGUCGUCAUAUAAUGGCACAACUUUGACCCACAACUACCAAAGGAAAAUUUAAAUUUUCCCUUCAGUUUAGGGCAGUGGGGUAUCUGCCUCUGGUAUGCAUGUGCCUGACAACUACAUUUGAGGGUUUGAGCCCUGUUUGACGACAUCUUCCAAAUUCUGCAGUCUUUUGGCACCAUUGAUGCAAGUUUUCAUAAAAAUUGAUUGUUGCUGCUUAAGAAGAAACCUGUAUAUUAGAAAUUUCAUAGAGUUCAUAAUUAUAUUUGAACUGUGGCAGAAAUACAGGAAACACGAGAAAGAUCUUUCACGCUUAUUAUUAAUGUUAUGUUAACGUUUCAGUAAUAUUUACCAUUUCAGAGAAAACUGAGCCAUUUUAUGAUGAGUUUAUUGAGAAACAGCUUCUGGCGGGCAAUAUUCCCAGUCGUAAUGUCAACAUCACAGUGGUGUCUGUAACUGUUACCUUGCCAGCUGCUGACCAUGGAAAGAUGCCACCAGCUGGUCAUGUGAUGCAAACAAGUAGUUCCACUGAGCUGCAUGCCGUUUCAUCACAGUUAUCACUACAAAGUAUCCAAGAGCAAGAAGUAUGUUUUCCUUGCUUUGUCUUAAUAGUGUAUCAGUGUUUGUUCGUUCACUCGUUCAUUCAGUCAUUCAUUAACUCACUCCCUCACUUACUCACUCACUCACGUAAGUGUUUAUUAAUUCAUUCAUUCACUCAUCCAGCCAUCCACUGAUCUGUCCAUCUAGUCAUCUGCCCUUUCGUCCACCAUUCAUCCCUUCCCUUUCGUUCAUCCAUUCAUUCAUUCAUUCUUUCAUUCAUUCAUCCAUUUAUUCAAGACAUACAUGUAUGUUAUGACCUUACAAUGUCUGUUUUUACUUUAGCUGAGGAUCAAGUUAAAAGGGUGAUUUUUCCUCCCAACAGAGGACUGAAAGUGUGCUGUAAGAGGACAGUUGCACUUGUAGGGGUCUCAUUCCCCUGAUAUCUUGGCAAAAUCCAAUUAACUUUUCUUUUUAAACUAUUUAAAAAAUUUAUGAUCUUGAAUGGUAUUUAUCAGAAAACUAUGUUCUACAAUCUACCUUUUGUAAAUCAUACAAAAAGACUCCUUUUACCUAGUUACUGAUUUGUAUGAUUGUUUGGACUGCACCUCAUUCUAUUAUGAUCAGUUACUUACAGGAGUGGUUGUAUGGUGUAUCAUUUAAAUAUGAAUAAAUGUGUUUUAUCAAGUAAAUUAAUGUCUCUUUAUGUGAAGAGGAUGCUGAUUUCAAGUCUAAAUCCUGUUAAUCCAGUAUUGCUUCUUUUAAGGCCAAAGAUCAUGAUGCUACACAGCCAACAUGCAUUAUUCAAAUAAGGAGAGCAGACCUUCAAAUCAAUCAACCCAUGUAUCCCACAGAGCUCAUCAAACUAACCAUCUCCAAUGCAGAGUACCCUGCUGGCAAAGCGAUGCUCAUGUGUGCAUAUACUGAUACAUCUGCCCAGGUUUGUACAUCGAUCCCAAAGAAGGUGACUACACACAUUGAAUUUUCAACUUGCCUUUUUUACCUCCUUGUGUGGCCACCUCUGAUAAGUCACCAUCUGUCUAGCAUACCAAACUCAGUUUUUCCAUAUUCAAGCUUCAUAGUUAAACCCUGUCAUAAAUGAACUUUUCCAAAAAGUGACGAACCAUCUUGGCAUUUUCCCCUAUGACCUAGACAGGACAAAGUGAUUUUCAAGGAUUAACACUUUCAUGCUGUCCAUCUUUUGAUUGCACUCAUCAUAAUGCCAUAGCACAAUUUUCAGUCUUUUAUAGUCUCUUUGAAGGUGCCAAUAAAUGCUGUCACCACUUGAAGACAAGGUAUCUCUCCACUGAUUGCUGAAAUCUACCAGGCACAUUUGCUAGUCCAAAAGGCAUCACCAAACUUUUAAAUUCAAAGGGAGUGGCCAUUACAGUCUGGUUGGAUAUGCCAUUGAAGAUGUAGGGACCAUUGCUUCAAAAACCCAAACUUCUGUUUCACAAACAGUGGAGGAUGCAGUUCCACCUUUUAAUUUUUGAGUUGCUGGAAAUCAUGCAUGUGCAGACACUAAUGCAAAUGCAAGAACUUUACAGUAUACUUAUAAUAACUUCAUUGCCCAUAUAGAUAAAUGACUCUUUUUUGAGGGUUGCAUUUCUGUGUGGGUCUACAGAAUGCCAUAAUUUUCUAACUACAUGUUGACUGGCAUUUUGGUCAUUUGGCCUCUAACUAGCUGGUUUGCCAGAAUCAUCAAGCUGCAUUUUGAAAAUGCUCCCCUGAAAUAGACUUCUUCUGUCAAGCAGUUUUUUCGUCUGUAAGCUAAUAUAAAAACUAGGAGUGCAACCAUUGCUUUCUUUCUCUUCUCAUCGUCCUAUAUUCUUUUUAUUUUAUCUUUUAAUGAUUGGCAGAAUUUUUUGAAAACAUGUAGCCGGAUUUUUGGAAACAUAUCUAGUGACAUUUGCAGCAGUUAGAGUGAAAAAGUUGUAAAAGGCAGGGGUUUUUUUUGCAUCUGAUAAGCUCGAAAAUUGCAUUAGUGGAGGAAAAAAGAUUAGUAUUACUCAUUCAGUUAAUGCACCUUUUCAGGUAUUUGGUAUUCAAGUCAGCCUAUCCCAGCUUCACUCAGAUGCAACAGACCCUCCUGUGUUGAGCAUCAUUCCUCCUUUUAGUGUUGCUGCAUCAAAUAGAAACUGCAUCCUGCCUGGGAUUUGGUAAGUUUGUUGCAGGUUACCCGUCUGAUACACAAUCAUUAGAUUGCAUUUUGUAUUCAUUGUACAUAAAUUAUGUUCCAGCCAUAAAAUAGAGACGAAUCUGUAGGCAGGUGUGAAAAUGGAGAUCCAAAGAUCUGACAGUCUUGUUUUGCUGUCAAUGUGCCAUGUUUUGACCAAAGAACUGUGGUGCACAGAACAUCUUAUUGUCAGUCAAAAUAUCUGGCUCUCUGAUCCUUAAUGGCAGCCCUAAAUAAAAAUGAAUACUUGAAUAAAAGAGGCAUUGUUUUUGCAGUUAACCAUAAAUUAUUCUGAUGUGGCUGGAGGCAGUUAGGAAGGAUGAAGCGAGUUUUGCGCUUUCAUAGGUUAUUUCACCUAGAAUUGACAACUGUCAUUUAAUAAGAAUAUCUUAGCUGUGAUACAUAGGCCGUGUGCUUGUACAAUAUAUCCUUUUUGGUCACGUUUAUUUGGUCAGGAUGGGUAGAUAAUGUAAAAGAUAACACUUGGCUGUAUCUUUGUAUUAAAGGGGUGGAGCUGAACUCUUGAAGAAGGAAGGUCAUCUUGAAGUUCCCAGCUGGCAGGUGCAUCUAAGAAAGCCAGAAUUUCUACUACUUUCCUGCAUUGCUGAGUCGUGGCUCAGUAGCUUUUCUAAAGAAGGAAGAGUGGCACCAGUUUCAAAAGCCCUUGUUGAAAGUGCCUUCUGUCCAAACGGUAACUUUAGACAUUUUCAUAUUAUACCCUUAAACCAUUCACACUUAGCCUGCAUCGCAGAAAUGAUUCAACCCCGGUUGGUAACGUCUGCGAAGUGGCGCUGAAAUAAUUGUUCUGGGUCCCCAACGGUCCGAACGAAUUAUUGGAAAUGGUUUCGAAUUUCCUUUCAACCUUAUCGGAAAUCGACAAUGGCUUUCUUAACAGGCCAAUCAUGUCGUGUACUCAAAUCCUGGUACACACGUGCCUAGAACAAGGAUUUCGGCGCUGUUUUGCAGACGGACUUAACCAGAGUAUAGUUUUAUCUGUGGCGCAGGCUCAUUCACGCCUGAACUUCCCUCUGGAACCUGAGGGCAUCAACGACUUCACGUUCAAAGGUGGCAUUAGCGUACAACUUAUGUCGUUAGACAGAUGAGACAAAGGCAAAGAAGCGUAUUAAAUUGACUGGUUUUAGAUUGCAUUAAAAUAAAUAUUGAAUCACUCUCCACUGGUACCUUAUUAAAAAAUGCCCACUUUGUUCAGUGUCUUCACUCGAAAACCUUUUCUACAGCGAAAAAGUGGGUAAAAAGUAGAAAUUAAGAUUCACGUUUACCAGAAACGGCAAACGUCAGACUCAAGUUGACAAUUUCUCAGAACAGAAAAUCAGCAGAUAUUUUUGUGUAGAAGCAAUAAAGAGUAAAUGGAAAAGAAGGGGAAAACUUGGUCGCGUGGCACAAAUUUACGCCUGCCGUUUGGCGUAAACGUGGAAAGAAGUGAAAAAGACGGGGAGAAAAGAAACCUAAAUUUUCUUUGCAUUCUGUACAUACCCAAACUAGAAAGCUGUAUAGUCAAACCAGAAAAAAUGUCAUUGCAUAGGCCCAUUUUUGCGCAUAGUUUGAAGACCCACAGUCAGUCAUGAAACGCUCCAAAGAUGCCCUGUAACAAGACCUAGUUGUUAUUAGGGUGGGGCCUGCGGGGAAAUAUUAGGCAAUCAUUGUCGAAAGUUGCUGUGCCUAAGGGCGUUUACGUAUACCUUUGAUUCUCCGAACUGGCCGACCAGACCAGUCCAGUUGUAAAGAGAAUUUCAGGUUUAGCCAGGACUAUACAGCCAGAUCAGCCUAAACAAUAUGCACCACAUGCACUGGUCCGGCCGGUCCGUCCUCGCUUUUGAUGAGCACCCUUAAUUGCAUUAAGGUCAAUCAAAUUGCUCAAGUGACAAGCUGUUAACAUCAUUGAAAAUUUUUUUUUUCUCAAAAUUCAGAUCAAGAAUCGGUCACCCUUCAACCUGAGCUACAGUUUAGUGUGUCAAACAUUGAUGUCCAGUUUUGUGAGACCCUUAAUUUGAUUGGCGCUAGUGGUUCGAUUGGAGCCUUCGAAGCGUCUCUGAAGUCCACAUGUGAGUACAGUGUUAUGUUCUGAUUAGUACAUGUACACCUUGGAUUCGUGUUAUCGGUUUCUCGUUAUGUAAUGAAUUUUUUUUCUUUUCUUGCUUUCCAUUAUUCCUUUUUUUGUAGCGGAAUGUGGUGUCGACGAAGCAACACCGUUAAUUGAAGGUCCAUCAGACACGUCAGAAAUACACACCGGAAAUUUGUUUAGGUCAACCCAUCUGCGAGAAAACAUUGUUGAAAGUACAGGACCUGUUUUAAGCUUCACAGUUCAGAUGCCACAGGCUGCCUUCAAGAGUGGUGAACCUGUGACGCAGCCAGGUAAGUAACUACUCAGUCUUUCAGUCGAGAGAAUAGAUCUUCCGUUGUAACAGAAAGCCAGAAUGUACUUUAUCGACUUAUCACUUUUUCCUGUUUCACAUUUGCACCAGAAUUUCAUUUUACCUGUGCUGGCUUCUCUUGGACAAUUCUUUUUCUCUUUGCUCCACAAGGGUCGGAAGGUAUAGCUUUCAUCGAAGCGAAUCGAAUCGAAUCAAGUGAAGGGUAUCAAGUUGGGCGCGGGAUAUCCACAAAUACUUGCUCUCCACUCCUACUAGGUUCUUCGUAAUUAGUUCGCGGAAAAAGCAGACUUAAAAUCCUCACCCGGGUCCAACCCGGGGAUUGAGCCCGCGACAUCCCGUUCCGCGGACCAGCGCUCUCCCGACUGCGCUAGUCUUAGUAAGUGAAAGUAAGUAAACACCCUUCUAAUCCUGAUCAUUGCUUGUGCCCCCUCACUAGGUCCUCCAGUUAGUGAUCACGUGAGUGGUCUUGUCCUUUUCCAUCUCAAGGGCAUCACAGUGUGCCUUGAUCCGCUGCUUUACAAGUGGAUAUCACACCAGUCUCCUGCAUCAGCUGCAUCACCACGCCACAAGGCAGGACGAGAAAGGAGUAAGUCUAAUAAGCACCAGUCCCUUACAAGGACGCAGUCAGCAACAACUCCCAGAAAGAAGUCAUUCGCAAGAGGUAUGUUUUUAUCUUCUCCAUCUCCCAGAUAACUACUGGGCAUUUUUGGGCUUCAGGUUGUUUCAGCAAAGUGAGGAUUUGCUCACGGCAACUGGAGAGCUUUUGUCUACUUAAAUAACGCCUCGUGAACGUUAGCUGAAUGAUUACAACUGAAAUUUCGCCUUGGUCUUAUUACCGUACCAAGUCAUAUAAAAUAAAUCUUUUGAUUAGAAAAUGUUUAACUAUUUAUCCUUUAGAUAGCAGGAAGUUGCGCUUAAGGACGUAUAUGGAGUUCAAAGCCUAAAUUUACAGGCGGAAUAACUUUUGAGUCUGUCUGAAAAAAAAAAAAGAAAAACAGUAUACUUUCAUUUGACACCGUUUUCUUUUUAAGUAUUUUAGAACAUUUGGUCUUGCACUUUUAAUAGUCAGCAAGAAAUCUGUUUCUGCCCAUCGUGGACACUCAGUAUGAACCAUCCAGUUACUUCUCCCGGGUACUGCCUGCUAUGCACACACUCUGCUCAGAUUCUAGUUUACUUGAGCUGACUUCACAUAAGAUUCUGUUUAUAUUCUUCAGUUUAUGGAUCGGCUGCUUCUCCAGCAAAGGAUGAAAAGACAACAAACGAUAUAACCGAGAGCGCAGUAAAGCGGAGUCCAGCAAGCGAUAGCCCUCAAGAGACGGCAGAUGGGAGAAGAGCUUUUGAGAGCUGGCUGUUUGACAAACUAUCCUUUAUAAUAUCCACGGAACUUCAGGUAUGUAUGGCUGAGCGUCACUUGCAAAUGUUAGACAAUUAUUGGAGGAGGUAAUCUGUAGGUUGCACUGGUUUCCAAAAUUACCUGUAGGCUCUUAACCAAUGAAAAGAAAAGUAGGGAGUACAAUGUAUAAAAAAAUAGCUGAUUAGUAGUAUAGCAGGGACCGGUUGGGCCGUUUUUCUGCCCCAGCCUCACUUUUGUGCGCAGGAAUGUGUAAAUGUUGUUAUCGUGAUUACUAUUGCUCUAGGUUGGCCUGAGAACUCUUUUCAGAUCGUGAAAUUUACUCACCCUUUGUCAAUCAUUUGAGAACUGUUUGCUUUCAUUUGAGUGCAGUAUACUCUGAACUAUGACGGGAAAAGUGCAUUUUCGCGCCACCAAUAUGCAAAUUAAAUUCCAAUGCCGGCGAGACAACUCGACCUCUUGCGACUUCCGUCGCUCAAAAGGGUCGUUUUGUAGCUAAGUAUGUAACAGUUAACGAUGCUCAAGUUGUUUUUCGGAUUUCAUCUCAAUCUUGUAUUUUCUUUACCCAGGUGGAUCUCAAGAGUGUGGCAGUCUUCAUGCCUACUGAACAUAUUAUCCAUGACCUGUCAUCUAGCCGCAUCGCUGUGAAUUACUCCUUGCAAGCUUUUAAAGCAAACAGCAAUUGUUUUCCUUCCACUUUGGUCGUCUGCCUUCCAAGUGUACAGCUGCAAAGUGCAAACCAUGAACCCAUGUCGGUUAGGCAAUCCUUGCCAGUUAGACAUUACCACAGAGAAAUGGCACGACGAGAAACUCUGCCGUGGACGCUUAAAGCAGAAAAGAUGGCGGUUUACUCAGUACAUGUAAAAAGAAAUUCAGCUUGGACUACAGAGGAUUUUCACCCUGUUGUACAUUGCUUACUGGAAAACGUUUCUUCUACUGCUGUACUUGCCUCGGCUCGUACCUCGUCCGUGCCAAGUUCUUCGUUAGUUCCGCCACAAUUUCUCAAGCCAAAUAGUGUAGGAGGUCGCAGAGUUUCUACUCUUGGUUUUUGUGUUCACACGGAUUUUCAACCCAUCGAAGUCAGCUGUUCAAGAAAGCAGGUUAAUAAUUCACAAUUUUCCGCUCAUUACGAUGUUCGUAACUUAGUUUGGAUGGCAUAAUGUAAUUUUAUUUCUCGCUGCAAAGAUCAAAGGUUGUUUCUCACCAUGAUGUAUUGUUUCUUUUACAGAUGAAACUUGUAGCCAAUCUUCUAGAAAAUCUCCUAUUAACUUGCUUUUUCAACCCCACCACAAACACUUCCGCUGACACUACUUCCGGCAUACCCGGCUCAGUUCCACCCACACCCACCCCAGGUCUCAAAAGGACAGUGUCUCUGACGUCAUCAUCUGGUAUGGACCAAUUGGAAACUGACAGUGUGCCUUCUGAAAGCCUGUCGUCAACAACAAUAUCACAAGUUCAGCAGGUACUUCAUUACAGUGAACUGUUUCGUACCCGGACAGGACUAGCUUUCGGCCUUAUUACGUGUCUGCCUUUAGAUAGCGUAGUUAUUUGAACGAAUUCAGGCAAGGACUGGUAGGUGCCUUAAAGGGGCUAUGUCGCACUAUUUGUUAUCUUUUUAAAAAGCUGAAACGUGUCUUGGCAUCAAGUGAAAUCCAAACAGUAAUGGUCUAGUUUUGUUAUUUAAAAUAUUCUUUCGACAUCAGUGCAAUAGCAUGGGGAGGGACUAGAUUCCUCCCAAUAAUUUUGACAGGCACGUUUAAUUUGGUCAGCGGCAACGCUCCUCACGCUGCUCUUCGGUUCAAUGUGUUCAUUUCGGUUCGUUAAAGCUGACUGAAUGAUUUUAGUCAGAUAAAAAUUGCUGGAAAAUAAUGCUCUAGGAAGGCUGAAAAUGCUAUUUCAGAGACCUUAUAUUUCAAAAUCGUCCGGGGUAGCGUUCCCCCCGGAUCCCCCUAGCAGUUCGCGCCUUCGGCGCUCGUGAUUGAGCCCCUCCCCAAUAAAUCUAACCUUGUUACGGCACUGGGCAUUGACACUGUUUCCUGACGUCUGUUGCUACGGAUGGCAAGGUUGGACAUGGACUGAAACUGGAAAAAGUUGGGCCAAUUUGUGACUCAAAACAGCAACAUUCUUGAGGUGAUGGCCGCCUCAUACGUGUAUUCAUCUUGAAGAAACUUAUUUUAUUCGUCUCUACAGUUUGCAUAGGGUACAAAAAUACAGUACUUGAAAUUGUUUUCUAGCUUAGAUCUUUAUUGCCUUGAUUUUCCUUUUGAGUGCUUCAUUGUAUUUUUCAUUGUUUUCCCUCUGAGCGGAAAACUCUAAAAACGUUUCAACUGUUACAGCAAGGAGCCCAAAAGUGUUAUCGCUUUUGAUUUAUUCACAUUCCUUCGUAGAGAUUUAAUCCAAUCAGAAGCCAGCUGGAAACUGUCCUCGACGUCUGAUUGGUUAAUGUCUGCAUGAAAGAAUGUGAGUUAAUUAAAGGAGGUCACACUUUUGGGCUCCUUGCUGUAACAGAUGCAGUAAACUCUUGCCUAACAUCACGUUGGUCUACUUUUCAAAAGUAACUCAAAACUUUGUUUUUCUGUAGCCGUUAAAUCCUGUACAAGUGUCUUUGUGGUUGCAAUGGACCUUGCCCCGUGUUGUAGUGAAUCUGUACAGUCGGUCAGCGGCGUGUAACUCUGCUGUAUGCGUCAGCGCGGAGCUGGAGGAUUUGACAGCGUCCAUUGAUUACGUGGAUACCUUGCUUCAAAUGCAAUACAAGGUCGGGGCCUUCAAUGUUUCACAUUUCACUCACAGGUAGGAAAGGUGAAAAGGAUAACACCUAAAAUAGUUUGUUUUCUCAGCCGUUUAUUUUCCGUUUACUUAGAAAAGCUAUCAAACUAUGGCCCUUAUGUGUCUCUCUGCUUCCCCUUUUUUUGUUUAUUUUGAAUAUGUCAACAACUACAACAACAAUUACUGGUAGUAGUACCACUACCACUACCACUAUUUUCUUGGGCGCCCAUAGAAAUAUUUCAGAUAUUUUUUCCCUCUGGAAAUCACCCCUUACCUCCCGAGCAAAGUCAAAGGAGUGGCCAUAUUGCAGUGGACACCCAAUGCCUUCUGGGUUGUCCAUCCGUUAUUUAGUUCUUUCUCAACGAAGAAAGCUCGUUUUAUAAUUGGGCUGCGCCACAGGCAGCCAGAUAUUAACGUAUUUUUUUACUCAUUUGAACAGCCCCGAUGGGUCCUGGGCACAUGGCCGCUUUAACGGAAUACUUUUCUCCUGUAAUGACGUCAUCUCUUCCAAGUCACUGUUGACCACAUCUAAGAGGCGUUCUUCCAGCGGUCGUCGCGAAAUCCCAGGCCACGGACCCCACGGUUUUCUCACGGUCAUGUACAAACGCUCGUCUUUGCACUUGAAGAGACGCAGGUCCAGUUCCAUGGAGAGACCUGUCAAAGAAGAGGACUACUUCAAAGAUCAACACGAGAUCCGUGUAAACAUUCAGCCUUUCGAUGUUGUUUUGUGGUGUCCACCAAUCGUAGCGGCGUUAAACUCCUUUGAUUUGAGUUUGCUUGAGAAGUUUCGAUUCUUGUCCCAGAAUGAAACUGGCGAAGAGAAAGCAGAAAGUUUGCUUCUUCCCAAGGAAAACGAGGCAGAUAGAACUGAAAAUGUUACUGUGAAUAUUGACCUUCUUCCUCUGUUGUUCGUUAACAUGAGAAAUUUAAGGCUGUUCAUCCCAAGCGUUUCAGCGAGUAAUGGGGUAGAUAUUCAUUCUUCCGAGAUAGGAAAAACGCAUUUUCAAGAAGACAUGGCUGUAGUCCAGUUGUCCACUAUUAGUAUGUCUCCUCACCCUGAUAAUCCAAACUCAAGAACGGUUUUGAACCGUGAAUACUACGAGAAAUUUCGCAAGUUCGGACGCAGCACUCGACAAGCUCUGGGUUAUGAUAUUCACGAUGUUCAGUACCAGGUCGAUCUUUGCGGGUUUGGUGUGUGGAGCGGAAGCUGGGAACAACUCUGCGGAACGCUGAAGCACGAGAGUGGACUGGAAAAAGUUGGGAUUGCUGUGGACCAGAAUCCUGCACUGGAGUGGAACACACAGAUGUGGUGAGGAUAUUCAGUUGAAGCUUGGAGUGUUGUAAAGGACGUUAUCGGAAAGUAGCCUGAGAAAACAGCUGACGUGUCGAUGCUUCCCUGGGAAAUGAUGUCUGAAGAAACAAGCGCAGAAAUUCCAUACUGAUGGCACGUCACUACCUAGAUCUGGAUGGUGCUUCUUAUUGGAUGAAGCAAUUUUUCAACCAAUCAGAAGCAAAAUCCAGAUUUGGGUAGCAGUGUGUCAUCAGUUUGGAAUUUCUGCGCUCGCGGUUUCUUAGAGUCGGCGAAAACCACUGGUGUGGUCGCGUUGCGAAACGUCGGCUGUUUUCUUAAGCUGUAGGAACGCAGCUUACGGGCAUUUACCAUUAUUCAGGACUGGCGGGCCAAAACAGUCAUUGAUCAGAACUGUCCCGUCAGAUGAGUCAGCCUUCGUGACUGGAGAUUUUUCAGUCUAUUUCUCAGUAGUGAUAAACGUUAAGCGAGAAGUUUCGGGAAAAGCUUCUUUCAGUUUGAAUGAAAGCGUGUCUAACUUUUGGUAAGGCCUGUUCUGACCUUUUGCAGCAAGGCAGUUACAGGAUUGCUGGAUUUGUUUCUUUGUUGUCUCUAGUUUACCUCCUCAGCCACGCAUUUAAAUUGUGGACGGUCUACCUGACCUAGCUCAUGCACGUUAGAAAUUUGGGUUGCGUUAUGUUCUUCAUGUAUUUGAUAACCAACUGGGACUCAAGUGCCUCUUCCUACCCACAGUUGGAUGGCCCCCAUGGCUUUGUUUCUUUCAGUUGUCUCUAGUCUACCCUCUCGAUGAAGAACUCGCAGGUCCAACGCAUUUAAAUUGUGAACCGUUUACCUGACCUAGUUGACGCACGUUAGAAAUUUGAGUGGCGUUAUGUUCUUCAUGUAGUUGGAUUAUUUUUCUUUUUGAGCAGCUAAGUGCCUUUCCAUUAAAAAUCUUGACAUUUGCAUUUGCGUUGGUACCUAUUUCACUAAUAAACUCGUUUGAUUCUAUCAUCUGAACCAGGCGUGGAGUGGAAGAGGUGAAUGUAACUCCAAUCAUAUCUGGCUCAGACUUCAGGAUCGUUCUUGCGCCCGCGAUAUCAUUGGAGAAGCACGUGACCGUUAAGAGUUCUACCAUGACAGAGUAUGUCCCAACAUGUGGUUGGUCGCUGGAAUUUAACGUAGUCACAGACGUUGAUUGUUUUCUGAACAAGAAACAGGUAAUGUUUCAAGCCUGGCUUCUUUUGUUCUAUUGAAUAAGAUAGGCCUUUUGGUAGCUUGAGAAGGCAACCGACAUUUCGCGUCGCCACUAUUGGUUUCCUCGCGAAGUGACGUAUGAGGAAAGAGCGCAAUCAACCAAUCAGAUACCCUAUCCAGAUCUGGGUAGUGACGCAUCAUCAGUGUCGAAUUUCUGCGCUCUUUUCUCAGAGGUCAUUUCGCGAGGAAACCAGUGGUGGUGGCUUCGCGAAACGUCGGCUGUUUUGUCAGGCUAGCUUUUUCUUGUUCGCUAAUAGAAUUUCCUUUACCACUUCCCAAAUUGACAACAGGCCUUCUAAAAAGUCUCUCUACGUGAAAUGAUCUCACGAUUUGGACGGAGUUGCCUUGAGCUUAGCCCUGCCUCAAUGGGUGUGACUCGAGCGGCAACUUUUGAAUUUUCUGGCGUAAAAAGUCCGAUGAGCAAACAAAUUAGAUCUUUAUCUACGCUUUACUGUUAUGCCAAAACAAAAAACGCUGCGAUUGUAGAGGCACUAAUAAAGAAGGACGUAUUAAAAAAAGUGUGGGUUUCGAGGAUAUGUUUUGCCUACAUUUGGCCGUUUGACGAAAGUAUAUUUAGAAGGAUUUUGUAAGAUACUGGUAAACAAAUGUCACCUUUCAAGAGUAAUACUGAAGAGGAUUUGUUUUAAGGGUGGCGUUAUAUGAUAUUUUUGCAGACUGAAAAGCUAAUCCCGAUCUAGUGCUUGUAUUCUAUUACUUGUAACGUGGAUGAUAAAUAGAACAGAGUUUUCUCGAAAUUGCCUUGAAAAGGAUAAGCGAAAUACUAAUGUACUUAUGUUUGUAUUUCGGUUGGUAGAUCCAACUCCUGCAGACUUUGUUAGCUGAAAAUGUCAAAGUCCUUGCUACUUGUUCUAUGAAUGCUUCCCCUAAAGAGAGCGUCAUAUCGGACGUUAACGCAUCAGGCGAAGCUGUUCCGAAGAGCACCGAGAAAAUCGAUAGUGGAUUUGAGAGCGCGCACACUGCAGUCAAUGCGAAAUUCAGCCAAGGGCUUGGGGGCGCGGCACAUCCCUCCCAAGGAAAGAUUCAUGGCGAUACAGAAAGCCUACCGGUAUUUGAAAUGGACACCCCGUGGGAGGUGUUUCUUACCGGGAGGAAACUUACCGUAGCUGUCUAUAGCCGAACUCACCGAGACACCAAACACGCUGAGAAACAAUUGUCUUCCACUGUUAAACCAAGUGUGCCUGGUAGAAGCAAACCAUCGCUGAUAAAGCCAGUAUUGCGUGCUGAAGUAGUUCAUCCUGCCUUUGUUGUGAAUACGCAAUCUUGUGGUCCGCGAAUUCAGGUCUCCUGUUUUGACAUCAAUAUGGCUGGACCAUCACGUACCUUAGGUAUGUAAUAGGUCUUUUCGAGACGUCCAAGCAUAGAUACGGAAUUCAGGGUUCUUGUAGACAGCUUCUGCUACUUUGUUCUGGAAUUACGGAACCCUUGUUGCUUAAUUUUCCACAAAAUGGGAACUCAACGAAUGGGGGAAAUAAAGGGCUGGCCGUUUUUUCCUAAUUUUUUGCUGUAAAUAUGAGACUUACUAUUAACUUUUUUCUUUCCAGAACUGUUUAUAAGAUAGGCUGAUUUAACAACAGGACGGGAACGUCAGUUGACGACGGGAAAGCGGACGGAAAGGACUAAUCAAGACUUCCGGUGCCCAAUUUGCCGCUCUGCCAUUGGUCAAGCCAGUUGUUUGAUCUGCGCUCGCCGUCGUCAACUGACGUUCCCGUUUUGUUGCUAAAUCAGCCUAUUGGGAUGCUUAAGCAACGCUCCUCAACCGGAAGUAAUCUCCCAAAAACGUCUUCCUCACUUCCCCGUCUCAAAAGCAAAAUGGUCGAUCUCUUGACAUUAGCAGUAGUUGUGUCGUAUGAAUUGUGCUGGGGAUGCAAUUAUUGCGAAGCUGAUGCGUAGCACGUGCAGUCGAUGCUGAGAAGACUGUAUCAAAGUUCAGGAAAAGAAAAAGAAACUCAUUGCCUUGUGGUCACGUCCUCCACAAAACGUGAAACUAGGCAUUUUCACGUCGUAGUCCUGCAGUGAUUGGAAGUCUUUGCGAAAGUUAACUGGGCUCAUGUUUCCUUCUCGUUUCUAUAUUACAGUGACGGAUCCAGGGGAGGAGCCUGGCGGACCCGGCCCUCCCUUUAUUUUUAGACCAAAUUGAGGCCCGAAGGGCCGAAAAAAUAUAUGUUUUGGAGACCCCCUCCCUUAUCUAAGGGUUUGGAUGACCGCCCCCCCCGCCCCUCCUUAUCUCGAGUUCUGGAUCCGGCGCUGUAUUGCUAAGUUGGUCGUAUGAAGGGCUGGUUUGUUUUCCAAGGACUGAUUAUUAAUGGAUUUUUUUUUAUUUAUAAGGUUCUGUUUACAAGCCUCUUCCUGAUUCACUGGAUUACACAGUUGAUUGGUUUAAGAGCGGAGCUGGGGUGCCUGAUCCUCACAGUGGGAUUUUACCAUCUCUAGUGACUAUAGACGUUACAAACUUUCUAUCCGCCCCAGGUAAGCUGUUAUUAGGGACCUUACGAUCCAACAACGGCGAAGUCCAUGAAAACGUCGCUGAAAAAUGGACUUCGCAUCCUUUCACUUUUUUUUCGCGAUUAUUCCAAGGGGCCCAGUUACUUAAAAGAAGAGAAUUUGGGGUGAAGCUGAAGAGAAGAGACGGUGGCCGAGUUCUGAAAGAGAUGGUAGAAUUUAUCGCCUUGCCGUUGCCGUUCCCAAGUAGACUUAAAAUUCGGUCAUUUCACGUCCUAGUUAUGCAGGGACGACAAAGAAAUGUACAAAAAGCGUGAUGCACGUGCAAAGUUGUGGUUUUGCUAACUAAACCUAUUACUUUUUUGACGUUCCCGUUGCCGUCGCCGUCGUAGUUUCGUAAGGUCCCUAGUGAAUUCAUAUCGCGACCCUGAUCCUUGCCAGGAGUCAAACCCGGACUUACCGGUCCAAGCACAAACGAUUAGGACGUAACUCCUCUCUUUUAAGUCCGGCCCCAGUAAAUUCAGUAAAUUCAGUAAAUUGUUGUCCUCAUUUCAGCUGAUGUGUCAGUAGACAUUGGUCGACCUUUUCAAAUGAGCUUAAAUCCUGAAAACAUGGAGGAGCUUGCGGAAUUCUUAGACGGAUUGGUGCUUGCUAACAAAGAGCAUUCAGGACCCAGGGACAUGGAUAAUUCGCCAAAGAGAGGAACCCUAUUUCUUAGCUCCAUUGGUUUGAGUACCUCGGACAUCUUUAUACAGAUGGAAGCUUCUCACAUUCUUGGCAAACCCAAGGUGCUUGUCAGUGUGGUUGGAAUUGAGGCGAAGGCUUCUUUAAAACCAGAUCUUCAGGGUAUGUUAGAUAAGUUGCUUUGCUUUGUACUGGAAUUAAUUUUGCGUAGGAAACAUUGUGGCUGUAUGUGUUUCACUGCCACGCGUCAAAAAAAAUUACUUUUAAUUCGUCGCAGAAAACUAAAAAUAGUUUGUAAUCGGCUAGGAAAAGUAAAUGGUGUUUUUUAAGAUACUUGCUCAUGGCUGAAAUUCGUAAAGACGGCUUUAACAUGGCGUUAGAUACCUGUUGAUGUUGUUGUUGCAUCAGUAUAAGAUUCUGGGUAAAUGCUUACCUACCCUUCCCCUAAACUAACAUUUGGGAGGGGUAGCUUCCAAGAAUCUUAAACGAGCAAGCUCUCGGGGGACGGUGGUGGGCAAGGGAAAAGAGCUAGAGUUCGUUUCCUCCCCACCAUCUCCCCUUCCCACGAAAGCUUGUUCCCAGGCUCUCGUUUUUAUGUUUUCUCACCUUAUUUAUCCUCUAGACAACCUGAGCGGAGUGGACACAAGAUUACAGUUACAUGGCGUAGGAUUGGCGACUUCAAUUUAUGACAGGUGCCGUUCACUAAUUCAUCCUUUCAGCUGCUCCAUGGAUUUGGAGGCGGUCUGGGCCCCACACAGUCGAGACUUGCUGGUUCAUAGGUAAGAAAUGGGGUUUUUCUUGUUUAAAGAUUCUUUCAUUCGAGAACAUCUGUUGGUAGCAUUAUUUACGUUCGUUUAGAAGCUCUUUGAAAUCAAAAGUACCUAACCAUACCAGUAAUUCUGCAUGAAUUUGUUUGUGAUAGUUUUUAUGUGCCUAAAUUUUUGUGACCAAAAAAUUAACUUGCGGAAACUUGGCGCGCCGUUGUUUUUCCAUGUUUCAAACAAUAAUUGUUAUGUAUGAAGAGGGGUUUUUUUGUGCAGGAUUAAUAAAGAAAACGUUGUGACAUAUUCAGAGUUGAUGGUGGUUUCCUUACUCCUAAUACUCGCGAAGUAGCGCUCUUCGUCUUGUUCUAAUGUUCGUUUCCGCUGCCCAGAGUCCCGCUAAGGAAACAAGUUUUCAACAAAAAAAUGACGCGUCGUGUACACAAUCAAAUAGAUUUUCACUGGGCUGGACUGGGCUUACCUUCUUUAAGUGUCUUUUCUUUCUUUGUAGUGGUUGCGGUGUUCCUCAGUUGUACGUUUUUGUGGAAGCAAGUUGCGUUCAAGUCAGCGUUGGUCAAGAGCACGUAACUUGCCUCAGUCUCCUCGCCGAUUUAGCUCAACAGUUUACCAUUCCACCAACGGUUGACGAGGAAUCAGCGCAGCCUGGUUUUGAGACCAGUGAGGUUGCAAACCAGGCUGAAGUGUUCAAGUCUUUUGAUGACAUCCGAGCCGGCUCUUUUAGAUAUGUCACUGCUUCAGGUAAAUUUCCGUUCGUGGGGGGAGGGGGUGAUAUGCCCUUGGUGACUGGCCUGGAGGGAACACUGACCCAAGGGGGAAACAAAUCUCACUGUUUUCCUGUGGGAUUCGCAGUUAAGUGUUUUGUUCUACCUCCCAAUUCAAAUUGAACAAAUUAUUCAUGCGUUUAAUUUAUCAGUUUACUGGAAAGUAAACAAAUCACGACUGGCACAUACAUUUUCCCCAGCUUCAAGGACCACAAUCUGAUAGCCUGUGAACAUUUUUUUCCCAAACAGAGAGCCUGUUCACAGGCUACAAUCUGAUGACUUGCGAGACUAAAGGUCCGUAGGGGCAUGGUUUAUGAGUUUUGUUUGCCCAAGGGGGUUAAAUUGUUUGACAAACAGCACUUGGCAAGUCUUCGUCCUAUCGUAAAAGGUGCUUAAUUUGGAAUAAUACCCCUGAAAACUUCGUGCUCCCUUCUUCCUUCCGUAUUUUACAAUAUUUACAAAUGAUCGUUCAUUCAUUUCUCAGGAGAUCUGGAUUUGCACCACCCGGAACCGUGGGAAGUAGUUUUCUCAUCAGACGUCAGUGAUAGACCUCCCACAAUGACCUGGAGAUAUCCUGAACCGCGGGCGUUGUCAGCGGUUGAUCUAGUGCCCUUGCCACUGUCAACACCUGUCUUAGUCAAUACCCUGAAUAUGGGUGAAGAAUACCAGGUACGCGUAUCGUGCUGCGUAUUAUUAGUCAGAAAAUUCCUAGCCUGUCCACAGAUAGUCUGCUACUCAGCCACUCUUUGUGUCGUCAUGCAACACUCCUAGGAGCAUUGCGUGACGACACAAAGCGCGGCUGCAAAGCUAACCUGUGAUCAGGCGUUUUUUUUUUCAGGCAAAGGGGAAAAAAAAAGAACGCAUUCCUUUUCCCCUCGCCUCCAAACAAAAAGGGAAGAAGGACCGCCUGAUCGCAGGUUACUGCAAAUCAGAGUAGUCCAGAGACGUUUUAAUUUUCGACAAUUCGACAGUGCGCGUGAUAGGGAGCGCUGAGCGCGAGAAAAUAAAGAUUAAAGGAACUAUUUUCUCUUUCGUCACCCCCACCCCCAUCGUCUUGCAAUUGCAGUAAAUAAAUCCCCCGCGGUUUUUAUUUUCAUACGCGCGCUAGGCGAUCUCUUGAGGGAAACUAGAGGGUCUGUGAAGAGGCUAGAAAAUUCCAGUCCUUCGUUGCAGGCCCGUCUCAAACACAAAUGAUUGAAAUUCUGCUGGAGUCAUGUCCAGGUUUUGAUACUACUUGCGAUUUGGCAUACUAACGCUAUUAUUUUUCACUCCGCUCACAUUUACUUCUAUGUCGCUAGCAAACUCUUAAUGUUUACAAAACUGUUAUAAAUACUUUUGUUUGUGUAGGUUCCUUGUGUUCUUCGUUACUGGGAUCCGACUCAGAAGUGUUAUAUCUCGUACAAAGAUUUUCAACUGUCGGAAAACAACACCACCUCCAUUGCACUUCCGGACCCUGUUACCGCUAACCCCUCAGAAGUGAUCGUGGCUGCAGAAUGGCAAAUAGUUGUCGAUGUGACUGUUGAUAUUGAAUACCCGGAUGAUGGCAGGUUAGUGGCAGUAGGUAAUUUUCUCGCCGUUAAAAUAAAGGAGGGAUGUUUCUGACAGUUGUCAAAGAUAGUAGCCGUUAGGCUUGGUGAAUAAAUAAGAAAGAUGCUUAAAGACUCCAAGUUUUGGUUGCAAUGUCUUUUAUGUGACACAAAUCGUGCACACUGCUAUGAUCAACAGCGACGAAUAUAUUCCGCGUAGUGAUAAAUCAUAAAUUAGUUAAUAGGAAAGUUGUAAUAUUCGUCAAGAUGCGAGCGUGUGCGGAGGCAGGCUCCCAGGCCGUUUUCUACAAUCAUGGACUACCGACCUUGGGAUGUUAAUGUUAUGAUGCCUUCAAUUAAAACAGUGCUAUCUUUUUUACAAAUGCAUGGCAGUUCCCUCUUCCCUCCCCUCCCCUCCCCUCCCCCCUUCAAGAAAAAAUGUGGAUACAUGGGCUCAACGUUGCAUGUGGGGGUGGGGACGGGCAUGUGUGGUUGUAAAAAGCGCCAGAAAUGCAAAUAUGUUCCAAGACUUUUGUCCAGGACUGAAGGUUUGCAUGCUCACAGAUUGAUUGAUUUUUAGUCUAGUUUAUUGGAUCUGCCAACUUACCUUGCCGCUUCAGAGUUUAGUUAUUUCUUUAUUUUUGUUUGGUGUUAGUUUUAAUGGUGAUGAUACCAGUUCAUCUUACGCGUCUCCGUACCGCUCAUGGUUAAGCGCCACGUCUUUGGCGGCGUCUGUCAAGGUGAACUCUGUCGUGCGUCCCGCUCUUAACCCCGCGCUGUCAGCUCACGUCAGUAUAAACAUGCUGGAAGUGAAGUGUAGCAACCAACUACAUGCCAUCGGUCAAGGUAAACUUUAAAAUUGGAAAAAUAAUCACGUUACAAAUGUUACAGUAAAUUGUCUUUAAGACAGAUGCUGUUGGAACAGACAUACCUGUGAGUGUACGUCUUAGAGAAGUGUCCGCUUUGUAAGGAGUCAAAGAAGACUGAGGAUCCACAAGUGAAGGACCGUCUUAGGUGUCCGUUUAAGGGAAUUGUUCUUCCCACGGGGAUGUCCAUUAAGAGAGAAUUGGUUAUAUUCCGUUAUUAUUUUUUUUUUUCAGCUACUCCUAAACACCUAAACGAAUUUGAGAUGGACCCCUCCCUACCAACAGACCAAGAAUUUUUUCUACUAAGUAUCGAGGGACUCAGUGCCAUCCUAAAAGACGUGGGAGGGGAGGGCGGAUUUUCACAGGUACAGACCGAGUGGAACUGCCAUGCACAAGUGCUGGACUAUGGGGACCUUACGUAUAGGCCUCUUCUGAGCCCCUUUGAUGUGGGACUCACUGUGGCCCUGUAUCACGGAGAAGUGGUAAGUGAAAAGGAACGAAACUUUGAGUGAAAGAUCCUUGUGAUAAGUCAUCAUUAUUCCGGACGUGUAAGAAAAUAAACUCAAAGAUUAAUAAGCUAUUUCGAUAACAAUGCUGGGUUUAAGUAGCCUGGAAAAGUAACAUAACUUAAAAAAUUUUUAAGUCUGUCUUCCGUAUCUAAAUUGUAAUAAACAUUUCUGUUCAGCAGGCCAAGCUUACCAAGGACAAACAAUCCCCCACUGGUCCCCCGGUGUGGCUGGAUGUUGGUCUGGAAGCUGGAUCAAUUUUGAUGCAUGUCAGUCAAAGCACAGUCCACACAAUAGCUUUAUCGGCUACUGCUUGGGGCCAAACUGGGCAGCGUGACGCAGAAAGGGUUAUUUUUAAUCACUACAUCAUCUGUAAUGACACACACGAGGCUUUGCGGCUUGGUCAGGUGCGUGAAUUGCUAUUGUAAUGACUCUUAAUGAAUUUUCCAUUAAUUCAAAACCUGUUGGAAUUUUAACAAGCACUAAAUCCCGGCUCUUUAAAUGAAUAUGGCCUACGCCUGGUAGCGGGGGUUAAGGGGGGAUAUGAGGGGUACUACCAUAUAUUGGAUGUAUAGGUAUGUGCCGCUGUGAAAGAUAUGGUUUUCAAGCAGUUUAAUCAGCGAGUGUGGGUGUAGAAUUGGGUAUCAUUUUCCAUUUAAACUGAUCAGUUGGUUGAAGAUUUUAGUCUAGACUAGGGAAACUGGGAAUUGACACUCCAAAAAAUAAAAUCGGCAAAUGUAAAAUCUACCCGCGAGUAAGUUUAAUAGCAAACAAUGCUUCGACCUCCGCAAUUUCUGGCAAAUAGCGACUCUAUGAUAGGGGAUAGGGUAGCAACAUUCUGGUAUAGGCUAAGGGUUCCGGGGUCCUAGCGGCACAUCCCCAACCAAACAUUACUAAAGAACCCCCCCCCCCCCCUCCGAGGGCUUACUUAAUCUGUUUAUCAAGUCUUAAUACUUUGUCCUCCUCCAAAGGUCGACACGGACGAGUCUUUGUUACUCCGAAGCCGCCAAGCGCAUGCGUACAGCUGGAGAACUCCUCAUACAGUGAAAGACAACCCCAGGCUUCACGUCUGCAUAGAGACCGAGGGGGACUGGCGCUGGUCUGAGCCGUUUGAAAUUGACACCGUCGGCGUUUUCAGUCGAACCAUUCAUCACCGGCUUCACAGUGCUACUCUGUUUAUCGAGGUAAAGCAGCUGUCUGGAAUGCAGAAACAGGUAUGUACACAAUUGUGGUAUGAUACUCGUUACCAGAAUACAAAACACUUAGGGCAAAGCCCUGUCCACACCAAUGUUCAAAAGUAUGCCCAUCGAAAAAUUCAUGGAUCGAUUCGCGUCCACACUAACGUUCUGUUGCGUUUUCAAAUGCCCACACUAAAACGUUGGAAAACGAUAUGAUUAAAAAGUAUAAGUGUGGGCAGAAGUGGGGCGGGGCAAACAAGGUUCAUUGUGGGAGAUGUGCAAAUGGUGAAUUGACUUCAAGUCUGGGUAUAAAUUCUUAAGUUUCACUAUGAAUAAUAGAAAGACUGGUCUUUCUAUUAUCCAUGGUUUCACUUUCAUUGGAAUAGUCAAAUUUGAAUUUAUUCACAAACCAAAGUCCAUUUUUGGAAGCAAGCCGUACAGUACCUGAUAAGAGCAGUGGCUCAGUAACUUUCAUUCACAGACUUUUAACUUAGAACCAAAAUACACGAACUACAGAACUACUGUGUUUUUUGUUUUUCAGGUUUUAAUUCAUGGAAGUCACGUAAUUGUGAGUCGUUUGUCAAUGGAUGUUGAUGUGCAAAUUUUAACAAAUCCGUCGUUGAACUCUGGUCAAGCCUCCAAGGCACGCUAUCAGGUAAACAAAAAAUAAAAUACUAAACGUCAUUCUAAAAGUAUAUUGUUUUAAAGUACAAUAUUAAGGAAAAGCUUUUUGUAGGCGACAUGAGGAGCCUGCAAUCCUAAUCUCCAGCCAACCUCGUUCCCAGGGUCCUUUUCUACUCGGUCCACGUAAGGUUUCCAUUACUCAUGCACAACACGUAUGUAGUCAACGUCGUUUGGAAUGAAUGGAAUGCAGAGAAUGCAAUCUGAUCACGUUUGGGCCUCCUAUCACUCGUAAUAAGAUCACGCGUGUUUCCGAGAGCUAUCACGUGAAAACCAAAGUGUUGGAGAAAAAGCGUUUUGACCUUCGAUCAUGUUCGCCCGCACUCCGUAACCAUAGUAUGCAUAUGUAACGUUAGAAAAGGAGAGAGUUAGAAAAGUCACUUAACGAUCAUCAAAACUGAAGUGUAGUUUCACUGAGCUGGUUACACUUAGUAUUUACAGGCAGUUUUUUUGGUCGUGAAAAGCAAAUAACGCACUGAAUAUCGCAUCCUUGCUAAAUAAGAAAAUGUUUCUUUUAAUUUUAGGUCCUUGAGGAUGUCACCCUGCCCGCAAACACAACUCUGCCAUCUUACGUCAUAUCACAUGGCGGACUCGCAGGCAUGCGCAUUCGUAUUCCUAACAAUACCACGUGGUCUGAUACACUACCCCUGGAGCAUAUAGAAGGAAGCGAUAAAGGCCAUCAUCUGAUUGUACAGGUAACAAGACCUACUGUAUAUACGCGUUGGAAAAUGUCUUCUCGUUUGACGCUAAGUACACGUUAAAAACAUUUUGCUUUUUAGAAGUAGACUAAACCAACAAAAAGUAAAUCGUGCCAUGCAUGGAACAACUUUCAGCGUUCGUGCUUUUUACUUUGUCGUGACUGCAUGGCAUGCCUUCUUACUUACUGUUGUGAAAGGUUUGAACCCAGGAGUCUUUUCAUAAGUAGGUUGAGCAUGACCGUCCCGGUGAUCGUAUUCCUGAAUAGGACUGUUGUUGACAGUGAUUGUCACUGACAUUUCGACAACCUGUGCGGUAGACACUGUCAACAACAGUCCUAUUCAGGACCACGCUUACCGGGCGAUCAUGCUCAAUAUACUUACUUAUUAUGUUAAAAACGCUAUUAUCACUGCGACUUUUUCUUUCAUCUUCACAUGAAUGCGCAACUACCCUAACAUAUUUUGAAGGCACUAAAGCUGUUUUUAAGAGUUUGAUUGUUUUCCACAGCUUCUUGGCGUAAAGGAUUUCCAGACGUUUUACUUCUGGUAUAGUGUGGAGAAACCCGGACCGCCGGACCAGAUCAAGGUUUGUAUUCUUCGUGCGUAACUACUGCUUCUGGUAGAGAUAUGCUGGUGCAGGUGAUGCUGUGGAAAGUAAAAAUCUGAGUUGUUCAAGAAGUAAAGUUUAAUAUAAAUUAAAUAAGAUAAGUUUAAUACGUACAGAAUCUCUCCAAAUUUCAAUUCUGUGCGGUUUCUCCAAGAUGAUUCACGUGAAUUCCGUACUCCAGAAACGAGAAGGGGAAUGGGUGCAAGCUUUCGGCGCAACGAUUUCUGGGAUCCUUUGGGUGGACAAGCGUUACUUAUGAUUGGUUAAUGGUUGCCUUGAAUACCAUCAUCCAAUCACAACUAACGCCUGUCUAACUAAACCAUCCCAGAAAUCACUGCACCCAAAAGCUUGUACCCAUUCCCCGUGGAGUUCCUGAAGCUGGAAUUUGCAGUGACGUCUCGUUGAGUUUGUUCAGGGGGAGACCAACAUGGCGGCUAGAGAGUGGUUAAAAAACAUUUAAAAUGUACAAUAAAAGCAAUUUAUGAUCGCUCAAAAGUUGGUAAACACUGACCACACUUUGUCCAGUACAUUAAAAAAUAGCCAAAGCACAAAGGUUAUUUACAUGACAGUUUCCGUAACUGAAAAUUUGUAAACCAUGUUUUCAGAAGAACUGCUGGUUUGCUGCAACCUGGAUCGGGUCCUUGAUAUGUGAGUCCUUCCGUCCAAAAUUUUAGAGUACGAAGGCACGAUGCGAUAUAUUGUGCGUGGACCGUUAACCUGACCCUGCAGGAUUCUUUGAAUCGCUUUUGAUACUCAAGAGCCUAAAUACAGUGACAUUAUUUUGUAUUAUAGGUAACGCUAUCUCCAUUGUUCGUUAUGAGGAGUCACCUUCCUGAACCAGUCCUAAUGAACGUGUUCACGCCCCAAUCCAAUUCUCUCUCGUCCUCAGUCCACCAGCUGCAAGGCCACGGUCAGGAGCAGCACUUGUAUGACCUGGUACCGAACUCUUGGCAUCAUCUGGCUUUUCAGUUUAGCGGAUCAGCUAAGUGGUCAAGUCCCACCGUGCCACUCAACACCACGCUAAUUGAACUAGCCAGUAGGGUGGCACAAGAUAACACUGGAGACGAAGAAACACCGCCGACAGAUAGUUGGCCGUACUGCAGGAAUCAUCAGUUGUUUGGGUAGGAAGAACGAUGCAAUGAUGAGUUAUCAUUAAUUUCGUACUCAAUCAAUUCACAAACAAAUAGUCGAAUACGAUAUGAAAAGGAAAUAGUCUGAAGAAUACUCGACCGUCAAUAAAGUGAAAAACUUUUAGCGAGGAAAUCCUGUUUCGUGUAGAAUGUCUAGAAUCAAUCUCCCAAUUUCUUAUCUACUCUCCAAGAACAAGCUCGACUUAAAGCGUUUUUACAAGCGUUCUUGUUUAAGGUCUUUAAGAGGUUUCUCUCGCAUCCCCUGCGGGAUCUUCUCCCAGUUCACAACAGCAGGGCUCUACGCGUUCGGUAGCAGCCUUACCAGGUCCCACGCGUGAAUACUAAAAGGCUCAAGAAAUGCUUUGUAAAUAGAUGUCUAUUUGAUUUUGAAUAGGAUGUCUUUCGUAUUUUUCUAAUCUUUGGUUUGGUAUCUUUGGGACGUAAUGAACUGUUCGUUAUACAGUAGAGAGGUUCCUUUGUUAUAAAGGUUAUCAUUAGGGAAAUUUCAUUUGUUUGUGUUUCUUUUUUCUUUAAAGGCGCACAGACGUCGUUUUGGAGGAAAAAUCGGAGUCUUCUUUGGUAAAGAACGUGUCCAUUGUUGGUCAGGUGACCAAGAACGAACAGCAGCCGGGAACAGAAGAGGUUACGCUACCUAAAGGUCAGGUUGACACGUACCGUAUAUUUAACAGGUUAAUAGGAAAAUAAUGGAAAAAGUCGUCUUCGUCUUGAUGUCUCCAUGAAACAGCAUUAUUAUACGAUAAAGGCAGAUUUUGUACUGGUUAGCUUGGUAUCAGAUCUCAAAGUGGUAGGCUCGGGUUCGAUUCGCGGCCGGACACAUACUGAAGGUUUCGAAAUAAUUGAGGAGAAUUUACUGACUUUGCACUGACAUUUGCAAAUGGUUGAGCUAUUUGUUUUCUCGAAUAAGGACGAAAACCUUUCGGAAACGUCUCACAACACUCUACUAAUCUGACUGCACUGGGUCGUAAAGGAACUUCUAGAGGCGGGGGGGGGCACCUCGCAAGGAACUUAUGAAUCCCGUUCUUUCCUAAUGAGCAGGUAUGAUCCGUUCCCAGUAAAGCUCGGAAUGGCUUCCUUUAAGCUUUCUUUAGGAGAAAGGAUUAGCACAGUCGGCUAGUGCAUGGCCUUCUGUGGGGGAGCUCCCAGGUUGGAUUCCCCGGUGUGACCUUAAAUCCUUCUUUCGACUUCUUUCCUUUCCGCGUAGCUUGAAGUAGCUUUGAAUCAAUACCCGUAAAACGGAGUACUAAUGGAGAGGGGGGGGGGGGUAGUAAAAUGAGCCCACCGCUAGCGUCAGGUUUGUUAGUCAGAUGACUGUUUCUAGCUACCGACGUAAAGUAAACACUCUUUACGUUUACCUUUGGCUCUACUUAUUUUUGUUGCCAUCAGGGCUGUAGUGCAGAUAACAACUUUAUAUUGGGAGUUUUUUCCUAUACAUGGCUCAAAUUGACUUUUUGUUCUCUUAGAUUUCAACUCGUCUCCAGUCCCCCCUGUCGAGAUACAGUGCCGUGUGAUAAAACGGUGGCCUCAUCUCAGUUCGCUGUUGGUCGAAGUUUUACCAUGGUGUCUUCUGGUCAAUAACACUGCGGUUCCCAUGCUCGUCCGGGAUCUGGAACGGGAGGUUACAGUCUUUGUAUCUCCAGGUUCAGUGGUAGCUCCGCACAGAAUCACGGUAUGGCCGCGAUAGAUCUACUGUUUUAUUGCCUAUUGUUCACUGAUCAGAUCUUGUCAGAUUGUUUUUGUUGUUUCAAAGCAUUUUUUUCGAUUCUCUCUCUACAGGGUACAGUGCAGUUCGGAACAUUUUUGGAAGCCAAAUCUUCAGCUUGGUCCGAGGAAGUUCCUUUCCCAAGUGGUUCACCGAGUAACAGCCGAAAAGCAACGACAAACGAUACCGACGACAGCCUCUCCGUUCCAGUGGCAUUUUUGCUGGGUUCGGGUGAAAUUCGCGGAGCCCGAUGGUCAAUCACAAGUCGAACGUUUAGAGGAAUUGAAGUCAUAUCAAUUGGGCAGAGAUUUCAAAUUAUCAAUAAUGUUGGAAGGCCGCUUGUUGUUCACCCUGUGUUAAUAUCUCCUGGCAAAAAGGUAUUCUACGAUUAAUUAAAUAACUUAAUUAUUCAUUUAUAUUUAUUGUAGAUACGGGGUGUUGCGGUUGCUUAAAAUUUUUCAGUUUCACGCAAUCCGUUUGGAUAAAAAGUUUCGCGCCACUCUGACUUGCUCACGCGCAUUUCCCCGCAAUUAGCACCUGCUUGCUUUGAGUUUUCCUUGGUUCCUGGUCCGAGUCUGCUGUGAAUGGUCACGUUAUUAAAAUAAACAAAUUGACCCCACCCUAACCCCUCUGAACGAGAAAGCAUUUGUUUUUUGCUUAUAGACCAUUGGCGCGAUGACGUCAUUUAACUCUUACGACCAGAAUCCUUCAGGGUUUUACUUUCUUGAGCUAAUUAGAGCUUUUUUUAAAAAAAACUCGCUGGAGUUACCAAAUUUAAAUAUUAAAGGAAAAACGAGGAGGAUUGUUGUCGCAGUAGUAAAAUAACGGCAUCCUGCAAAUGGCCUAUUUUUUCAACCUUUUUGACUCCAACUGAGAUUUUACGGUCACACGGUAUAAUUCUUAAACAAUUUUACCCACUUCUCUUCAGGUUUCACCACAUAGCUUUAACACAGCUACUCUGGUUCAUCUUUCGUGCGAUCCUAAGACCGCGACUCCUGUUGAAACUUGGGAUGUACCAUCGUCAACUUCAGUUGUACUUGACGAAGAAGGGAACGCGUCCUUCAGCGGUCAGACCUCGCCUGUGUUAUUCUUAGCCUUUCACGAACAAAGCCAACCCACAGAUGCCAAGCCGAACAGCUUUUUAUGGUCACGAGCUGUAUCUGUCACACCGGAAAUGACCCGUCAAUCUGUCGCGGUCUCCUUAAAUGAACGCAGCACACUUCCGGUCGUUGUGACGUCACAGGUCGUUGAUGGAAUUGUGUACAUCGUUGUUGCGUUGGAUCCAGCCCCUCGUUUGUUCCUUCAAAAUGACUGUUGCUUCACCCUUCAGUUCGGCCAGGCAAUCCCCCCGCAGAGUCCAAGUCACGUGAGUGGGUCUUCUGAGAAGAUAGUGAUCAUGGAACAAAUUCAAGGUCUUGGUGAGAUUCCGGAAGUUGCAGCAUUUGGCUCUACGUAUUACGAACUUCCGAUCAUGCGCGAAUGGUUUGCCACCUCUAGUGAGGUUCAACAGCUUCCUGAAAUGCACAUUCAAGCUCUUUACGACGUAAACGUGGCUGAAAUAUCGGAGAAUGGUGCCGAUAGCGAAGAACUUGCUAGUGAGGUGACGACCGAGGUCCCACAGGGUUGGAGUAAGAGUUUUGACUUGAAUACUCCAGGAAAGUCCUUUGUCACGUUGCCGGGUCGGGGGCAAAUUAUGAUAAAUGUAACUCGUGAACGACUUUGUACGUGCUUAAAAAUUCAGCCUUACGAAGGUAACAGUGCGGAUUCAAGCGACAAUCAGUGCGUGUCGACACCCACAUCGGUUAUUCACGCAGACUUGUUCAUUUGUCAGCUGAGUGUGACAGUUAUUGACGAAAUAACAAACUUCCGAAUCCCUUACGAAGUUCUCCGAUUGACUGCUGAAGGUGUAGCGGUAACGCAUUCGGUGGGACGAAUUUCAGAAGAUAAUGGUCGGAUAUGCCCUGAAUGGAUACUACGCAUCGGAGCAUUCCAGAUUGACAAUCAACUGCAAGAUGACAAUUUCGAGUUUCAAGUGAUCCUUGUUCCAAGUAAUUCUCCUCUGUCACCAAGGAAACCUUCAACAACAAGGCGUCCUGCUCUUAGCAGCUCUGCAGUCAAACCGCUGACUUGUAUCAAAUGUGUGUAUGAGCCUGGCACAAGUUCGAGUGGCGUGUUCUUGAGCUGUGUGGACAUCUCUCUUGAACCACUUACUUUGUAUAUCGAGGACACAUUCCUUUACCGACUUGGCAGCAUGGCUUCGUCCUUUUUGCCGCCCUCGCUGCUUCAGUCAAGCGAAUCAGCUGAAAGCCAACACUUCAGUUGCUUUAAGGUGUUGGAUGUCACGCAUUCCAAUAUCCAUCCAUUCUUAUUGGGCGAAUUGAAAAUCACGCCCUUAACAGUGAAUGUAACGUUACACGCCUCAGUAAAACUCUUUUUAUCGGUAGACGAUUCUCCAUUGUCACUCGGUCAUUUUCAUUUGUCCCCAGUUUUCCUUCCCGCCUCAGCACUCAUUCAGAAGCUUUCGUAUCACUACCUGACCGCCGCGCUCUUCAAAGCUGGAUGGUUAUUGGGCUCACUGGAGCUCCUUGGAAAUCCCGCGGGAUUAGUCCGUAGUUUCAGCCAGGGAGUGGCGGAUUUCCUUUACUUCCCGUAUGACGGGUUAACUCGAGGUCCUGGGGCGUUCGUUUCAGGCAUGUCCCGAGGUAUGUCAUCGUUUGUAAGGCAUCUUUCUACUGGUGCAUUGACUUCUAUCACAAGUCUAGCUUCUAGCAUGGCUCGUAAUCUGGACCGACUUAGUAUGGAUGGAGAAUAUCUCAAGCUGUUGGAGGAGCAGAGAUGUAGGAAGCCAAAAAAAGUCUUGACAGGUAAAAUUGAUGAAUGCACUAUUUCAUUAAAGCAGAGUUCCAACGCACAAAAAAAUCAAACAGCCCAGUUUCCAGGCUUUAAAAUUUUCGCAGCCUGGUCAACAGGCCACUUCCGAAUUCGAAAAACCCUCACUUUCAAAAUGAGGCUAGGUUCACAACCUUUCUUAUGAAAAUGAGUUUUAUUUGCGUGAGAAUGAAAAAUGAUUUCCAUAUCAAAGGCUGAGCACCUACCCUCGUUUUGAAACAGAGCCGCGGGGGAACUCGGAAAUGGCCUAUUCAUUUCGUAUGGGUGGCUUCGCUCGGUUACGUCACGACAUGUAUUGACGGUGCGGGCCUGGGAGAAUACCUUCUCCCUGGCCCGAAUACCUUAGUGCGGUAACUUGAUAAAAACUUUUGGUACAGUGGUCACAAUGUUAGUUGAUAAGUUCCAGAGUUAUCCGCUUCAAACUUCUAACUACAGAAACCAGUAAAUUAGCGUUUAUUGCCACACGCAAGCUGGGCAAAUACCAAUAGUUUACACAAAAGCGUAAGCCGGCUUAUAAUGCUCCGGUUGGGAAGACUUCAAUAUUUCACGCUUGUGAUAUCUACCAAGGAUGAGUUCUACCUUUUCCAACAACGCAAACAUCUUUCCUUUCGUUUUAAACACCUGAGCAUUGCCUAAAAUUUGGAAAAGGUGCGUGCCUUGUUGCUUUUAGUAACCAAAUGCGUUUUCAUUUAGGAUUAUCCCAAGGCCUGGGAGGAUUCGGCCUCAGUCUCCUUGGCGCCGUCGCCGGUAUCGUAGAUCAGCCCAUUCAAGGGAUAAGGCGAGCCAGUGAUGUGCGAGAGGCAGCCAGCGGUAUUAUUACGGGAGUGGGCAAAGGUCUUCUAGGCGUGGUUACUAAGCCUUUAGGUGGCGCCAUGGAACUUGUUUCCCAGACAGGUCAAGGGAUACUCCAAGGAGCUGGACUGACUCAACUGCCAAGCCGUGUGUUCACACCUGGAGAAAGACUGCAGUACUUCGCUAAAAACAGCCAUUUAAAAUACUUCUGGUACUGCUCUCAAUUCUUGCGUAGUUCAUUAUAUUAAAAUCAUAUGAUGUCUGUUGUCGUCUGCUCACGUUUGAAAGGGUCGAGAGCAAAUGCUAAUAACGAUUUAGAUAUUCUCAAGCAUUUGAAAUAAGAAAUUAGUCAAUCCUCUGAAAAUCAGUUCUUUUUGCUUCAAACAGAACUCUAACGAAUUCGCCACUCUAUAAAUUACAGGGCGGGAUUGUCUGUGUGCAAAAGCGUUAGCAAUGAUUAGCGGUACCAGAUGUUAUCUCAAGACAACCAUUGACCAGUCAUUGCUUAUACUGUCGACCUAAACAAUCUCAGUAAUCGUUGAGCAGAAUGCUUGUACCCAUUAUCCUUGUAGUCUAUGGAUUGGCGAAAAGACCUUUAUGUCUUUAUUAUCAAUCUUUUAUGCUAUGUUAAUUCAGCUUGUUCUUGAGCUAAAACGGUGUUUAAACCUGCUAAUAAGACAAGAAGGUCUAUUCGACAGUACAAUGUAGAGGGCACUCGGAUAAUUUACUUUUCCUUGGAAGCGAAAUCACGUCAUUGUCGAACAAUGAAACUUGCCCUCCAAGAAAUAAAUAAGAAAUAAUAGACCAUUUUCCAGUUAUGGACAGAAACGAGGCUGAAGUUGACCUUGUUUUGAUACAGUCCUUCCUGCCCUCUUUUUCAUGUAAAUCAUGUUCUUCCUAUGCUAAGUGGUAUCUUUCAAACAUAAUCUCCAUACGAAAAUCAAGGAGGUUUGUAUCAAAACAAGGUCGACCUCAGCCCCACAUUCACACCAAGGCUAGGGUACGAAGGCCACAAAGUGGUCUAUUUUGAAGGAUACUUUUUUUAAUGCCAGACACUGUUCGUUUACAGGAAAAUGCUUCAUCAUCAGAGAGAUGUCGAUCUGCUUCUCCAUUUGGACGUCACAGUGGUAACGUCAUCUGGGCAUGAGUAUGAAGGGACAAUACUGCUGACAAGAGACACCCUUUUUAUCGUGGGCUCAGCGGUUGACGCCAUCCAACAAACCCUCUUCAUCCGGGAUACUGACUUGCAAGAAAACGAGGAAGACAAUAGAAGCGUGUCUAUUGUCCACCAAUCAGUGAUCACUAAGGAAGGAGAGGAGGGGGAUGACGGGGUGCAUGACAGUGGUGAUUCAGACCGCUUGAGACAGUUUCUUCGAGAUGCGCGGGCUCAGGCCUUGGAGCAGUUGGCUUCCCAAGAUGCAUGUGAACGGGAUUUAACGUGCGCCGGUCAGAAGUUUGUACUGCUUCUUGACCCCAUGUUGCGGAGAACUCUGAUGUUACAAUUCCACUCGGCUAAGAGAAACUGUACUUUGGAAUAGGACUUAGUACUUAGUUAAAUUCAACUUCUUUUGAGCCUUAAAUCGUUAAUAGUGUCAAGUUAAAAUGCAAUGAAAUGAUAACCAAAUAAUUUGGGAUUAGUUUCGUUUUUGCAAGCAAACUUUCACAAUUCAUUUGUCUUAAAAAAAUGAAAUUAGCCAACCGUUAGUCUAGUAACAACGUAGUGGAUGGUGAUGUGCGUGCAGGUCCGGUGCGACCUGGGUGUUAUUUUACGAUUAGAUAUCUAUCCAUAUAAGAACAUUAGUAUAGGUAAUAGCAUGAUUGUUAGUGAUAUUUGGCAUGAAAACCACGAGUGAUAUUUCGAAAUUGUUAUACGUAAUUUCACGAACCGUUAGGCGAGUGAAAUUUGAGACAAUUUUUGAAAUAUCACGAGUGGUAUUUAUGCCAAAUAUUACGUACAAAUCAUGCUAUAUUUGUUUAUACUACUACCCGCAAAGGUUUUGUAAUUUUCACAUGUAGGUAUUUCAAAUUAAGCUGAAAUACCACUGCUCUAAGCCAAUCAAAUUGCAGAAAUUUCUCAUGUAGCAGUAUAACAUUGGAAAUUUAUGUGUAUUUGGUUACCAAAGGGACAUUCAAAUGCAGAUAUAUCUAAAAUAUCGCUAUUUCAAAAGUGGCAUAAUAGAUAUUUUAAGUGUAAUCAGAUGCGUCUGUUGUGAUACAAGUUAGAAAUUGACUUUGGAUUCUUUGAUCCAACGAUAAACUGUGAAUUAUUGGAAUAUUUAAAGCAAUUAUGUCUCCCGUGUUAUUUAACAUAAAUGGUGAAACGGGAGGCAUUAUAAUAUUAUUAUAAAAAGUAUUCUUAGAGGUGAUAGCGGGAGAAACCGUACAAAAUGGA